AUGCGCAAAUCAUGGCGACUGUCGAUUCCCUUUUUCUCGCCUCUCAAUAAUUUGUCUCAUAUCUUAAUAUCCUCUAGCAAAAAGUUUGGAAAGACAUUGUCGUUCUCAUCACUAGAAUUUUUAUUAUCAACAAAUCCAACAUGUUUAUAUGGGUUCCAUUCAAGAACAUUAACACUCACAUCGGAAAUCACUAAAUUCAACAAAAAUUUAACUCAAAAUUCUAAAAACAUUAUGAAUGAUUUUAAACAAGACAACUCUAAUUCAAAACUUUUAUUAACGACUUUAAAGAACAAAAACUUUUCAUAUUCGCUUUCAAAUCGACAACGACAACCAUCAUUUUCUUCUCCUUCCUCCCAUGAACAAUCUUCAACCAUACAAAUGACUCGAAUUCUUUCUAUUGAAACUAGUUGUGAUGAUACAGCAGUUGCUAUUUUACAACAAGAUGGCUUUUCACCUCCCAAAAUAUUAUUUGAAAAAGUUAUCACUCAUCAUGAAUUGGUUGAACAUUUUGGAGGAGUUCAUCCAACAGAAAUGGCAAACAUGCACAAACAAACUCUAAAUGGAAUGAUAGAAAGAGCCUUGAAUUUUGUAAAGUGUGAAAAAGAAAUUGAUGCAAUUGCUGUAACGAUUGGACCUGGUUUACCUCCUUGUUUAUCUGUUGGAGUUGAAGCAGCAACCUUGUGGAGUCAAAAGAUGAACAUUCCAUGUAUACCCAUUCAUCAUCUUGAAGCUCAUUUACUCAUGCCGUUAAUGUUCUCCAAUAAUGAUGUUCCAUUUCCUUAUUUAGCACUGUUGGCAAGUGGAGGCCAUUGUAUGAUGGUUUUUAGUAAAGGAAUUGGAGACUAUGAAAUUAUUGGAUCUACUGAAGAUGACUCCAUUGGAGAGGCUUUUGACAAAACAGCAAGACUAUUAAAGGAAAGUGUGAAUGGAGAUUUAACAGAGUAUGCUUUGAAUAUUUUGAAACAUUCAAGGAAUGAAGAACAAUACACAACGUUCACUGGAAAUACACACUUAAGUGGAGGAGCAUUAAUUGAAGCACUUGCAACGAAAGGACAAGCUGAUAAAUAUCGUUUUGCAAUCCCAUUAAGGAAAGGUAAAAGACAUGAAGAAAUUACCUUCUCAUUCAGUGGACUGAAAACUGAAGUUUUAAAAGUUGUGAGAUCAGAACAAAAUAAUGGAGUUUCAAAAAAGGAGCUUCAUCGUAUGAUCAGCAAGUUAAGGAAUACGACAUUUACAGAAAAUGAAUCAAACUCUUCUUCUGCCAAGAUAUCCAUGGAAACUGCCUGUGAUAUUGCAGCCUCCAUGCAACAAGCUGCAUUCACCCAUUUAAUGGAAAAAUUACAAUUAGCAAUAUUUAGAUAUAGAUCCUACACAAACGAGUAUUCUAAUACCCUAAUUGUGAGUGGCGGUGUUUCAGCCAAUGAGUAUUUCAGAAAACAAUUGAUAGAGAUGGCAGAAAAGAAUGAAUACUCGCUAAAGAUUGCUCCUCUCAAAUAUUGCACAGAUAAUGCAGUAAUGAUUGGAUAUGCUGCUUUGAAACGAUUGGCCAACAAGUGUCACGAAACGACGGACAAGUUCGAUAAAGAAAGGUAUUUACCAAGGUGGCCAAUCACCUCACUAGAAGAUUUUUAUAAAAGGUAUUAA